AUGGCGUCCUUGUACAAGACUCUUUUGUCCUCGACCUUCGUGGCGUCUGCCUCCGCGGUCACCCUGUAUUCGGCCCAGUCCGACGGGAACCUCACCAGUCUGUCUUUGACCGGGUCAGGCAGUAGUUACGACCUGGCUGUGGCAUCAGUCUCACAGGAUUGCGAAGUCAACCCUUCGGUCUUGACGCUCGACAAGGAGAACAGCAUUUUGUACUGCUACGACCGGGGAGGAUCUGUCGGAACUCUUAACUCUUUCUCCACCUCGGCGGAUGGGACUCUGUCCCGAAUUGCUCGGGUCGAGGGGCCCGCCAGCGCUGUAUGGGCCGAGAUCUUGACUGCGGAGAGCGGCAAGCGCGCCUACAUCACUGCUUCUUACAACACGAGCGCGAUAGGUGUUUUCAGCCUGGGUGAGGAUGGCACUCUGCCGGGCAGUGGCCCUAUACAGACGAUCUUCCCAACUAUCAACAAGACUGGUCCGAUAAUCUCUCGCCAAGAUCGCAGCUACUCGCACGAGGUCAUCAUUGACCCGACCAACAAAUUUGUUCUUACUCCAGACUUGGGCGGAGAUCUUGUUCGAGUUUUCACCUAUGCGCCAGACACGAUUGCUCCUCUUGUAGAGACUAAGCCCCUGACCACUGACGCUGGUAUUGGCCCUCGACAUGGCUUCUUCCGGGUCAACGAUGCUGGAGAGACUUUCUUCUUCUUCGAUGGCGAGCUCUCGCAGAAUGUCUAUUCGUACAAGGUCACCUAUGGUGAUUCUGGUCUGACUUUCGACAAGGUCUUUGAGGCACCUGCGCUUGGUCUGAACAGCACUCUGGCUCCUAAUACUGCGCCGGCUAGUGAAUGCGCUAUAACACCGGAUCAAAGAUUCCUCAUCGUUUCCACCCGCGAGAAGUCCUUUUCCACUUCUGCACUCUAUCAAUCAGGGCCGUCCGACACUCUGACGACCUGGACCAUCAAUGAGGAUGGUACCCUUACCUUCCUUCAGAGCGCCCCCUCUGGUGGUUGGUUGCCCCGUCAGUUCUCACUGAACAAGGCCGGGGACCUGCUCGCUGUCGGACAUCAGACCAACAAUACCGUUGUUGUAUGGAAGCGCGAUGUUGAGACAGGGCUGAUCAUCACCGAGGAGGAAGGUGGCAAGGUCGGAGAGGUUGUGCUUUCUGGCCCCGUGGUUUCAACUAUUUGGGACGAGUGA